AUUAUCGUCCUCGAUUUAAAUGGUGUGCGACUGAACUUGUGGAACCAUCAAAUGAUUCUCAUUUCCGACCAGGAUUUACAAGGAAUUUCUGAAGGACACUCGAGGACAAGGCCUCGGAUACGCAAGAUCAUGCACAACAACAAUCGCUCUCAUCCCCUGCUGGAGCAGGUUCCUCUAACAGUUUCUCCCUUUGUAUCACUCCCGACGGCGACGACACUAUCAUACAAUUACAAGACCAUGCCCUCGAAUAUUCCUCCAUCAUCAUUGGGUAUCGAGGCUGCAUCCGACAACCCCUCAGACCAACCGAGGCCCAAGUACGUCGUAUCAGGCUCCGGCCACGCCGCGCAUCCCGAAGACAUUAUCGCAUCCUGUCGCGCACUCCAAGCGCACGUGUCCAAGAUGCAAGAGGAAGCUGAGAGGGAGUUGAGGGAGUUCAACGAGAGGAUCCAGGCGCGCGAGCUCGCCGAGAAGCGGAGAGUCGCGCCCGGCUGGCUGGAUAGUGAGACGCACAUCCUCGAGCCAGAGAGGAGCACACCGGUUCAACAGCAGCAGAGCUUGCCUGAGCCUCAGCAACCUCAAGGGCCAAUUGGGCAGCCUCCUGCUGAUGACCAGGGUGCCGAGUUGGACCGGGCGUUUGGGGGCAUGGCUUUGAAGUAG